AUGUUUAAAUGUAAUGAUGAGUUUACUCUGGAUCCUUCAAUAAGAUCCAUUAGUUAUGAUUCAUUACAUUCCUCACUAACAACAACGAGUGAGUUUGAUCUUGAUAUUGUUGAAGUGGAUUCGCCAUACUUAUUUUCAGCUUCUCCAGAUCGUUUUUUAGGUGCUUGUAAUGGUUUAGUUUGCAUGAUGUUUCAAUCUGUUAAUAGAGUUGUGCCGUUCCUUUGUGUUUGGAACCCGCCAACUAGAGAAUGCCGGAAGAUACCCAAAUCAAGAAAUGAAGUUAAGAAAGGAUAUGUCUGUCACUAUGCAUUUGAUUAUGAUUAUAAGAUUGAUGAUUAUAAGUUGGUUAAAGUUGUGCAGAAGGUGGGAAGUAAGGAUGGUUCUUUAGUUGAAGUGUAUACGUUGGGAAAAAAUUCGUGGGGAAGCAUACAAAUGAUUCCUUAUAUGUUUCAUUUAUUACCUUAUAGUAGUAUUAAUCAACCUGGGGUGCUUGUUAAUGGAAUUCGUCACUGGUUGGGCAAAAGCAAUGUCCAAGGGCAGGAUUUUUCUAAAGUUAUAGUGUCUUUGGAUAUUAGCAAUGAGAGGUUCGAAGAAAUGCAACUGCCAAAAGAACUUUUGGAGAAGGAUUUUCUUAUGACUGUGGGAGUGCUGGAAGGGUGCCUUUGUGCAGUUGUUGCUGUUGUUUUUAUGCGUGUUGAAGUAUGGGUGAUGAGAAAUUAUGGAUAUCGAGAAUCUUGGAAUCAACGUUUUGUCAUUAGCCAAGAGUUGGUUACAAAAAAUCCAUUUCUGAGGCUGAUUUGGUGUUUCAAGGAUGGUAAGAUUCUGUUCAAGACUUCAACAAGCUUAGUUUUAUAUGAUCCAAAACAGGAAAGUUGUACAGAACCAAGAAUUCGUUAUCUAAGGGAGUUGUUUGAAGUAGAAAACUACGUUGAAAGCUUAGUUUCACUGAAAUUUGGCAUUCGUGCACGGAGAAAGAAAAAUGGCCCAACGGGGAAGACGAUAAUAGAGAAAAGGUCUAAGAAGAACAAGAAGAGCGUAUGUUAUUAG